AUGGAGUCAAAAUCUUUCUAGUAAGAUUAAGCUCAAGAAGUUAAUUAUGAGUGCAACAACAAUUAGAUAUGGGUGAAAACUUUGGAAAAUAGUGACCUAUUAUUCAAGUAUUAUGAUCCUAAUGUGAAGGAGGAGAAAGAUGAUAAGAAGAUAAAGGAUGAGUAGAUAUUUCCUAAAACUUCGACAAUACAAAAAAUCAAGAAAUUCACUAGCUUGAAGCAGAAAAUAGCAAAAGAGGCUCUAAAUCUUGAGAUCGACACACCGGUAUAUGUGAACACAUACAAAUAGUAUGGAGUCAUUAGGAAAGUGAUAAAGGGUUAAGUAGCUGGUGAAUCUGAAGUGGAUAGUAAACUUUAGAAAGAAGAGAAGGCAAUUUAAUAUGAAGUUAGACUGUCGACAUCGCUUGAAAAUGUGCUUGCUGAUCCUUCAGACUUAAAAAGACUUAUUACUAUUAGAAUCAGAAUGCAUUCUUCAAAAGGAGGAGAAGAGUAAUAUAUCUAGAUGUAGGUGAAGGUAGAUAGCACAGUUGUAUAAUUAUUGUAAUACAUUUCGCAAAUCGCAUAAGUACCUCCCAACUUUAUCAACUUAUAUCACAAAAAGAAACGUCUAUCUAAUUCUGACUAGCUGUAUAAGGAAAACAUCAUCGACAAUGAUAAAUUACUUUGCCUUCAAGGAUAGGGGGAUAUGCACGUCUAUCACAGAUUCAAAGUAGUUUCAUCCAGUGGUUGGUGCUACUCUCAGACAUCAUGGGAUGCAAUUACAUGGAGACCAAAUAGAACUAUCAUGGUAGCUGGUUUUGGGGCUUACGGAUUGACUUCUGGUCAGCAAUCCUACUUCGUUAGAUACAAAUACAUUGUGUAGAAUGCUCCAAGUGACGAAUUUGUAGUUGAGGUAUCAAGCAAUGAAGUAGAUGAAUAACUAAAAAUAUACCCCUUGAUGUUUGAGGGAGAGAUGAUAGAGGUUCCAGCUGGAACUGACUUUACAGUAUAAAUGAGAGGUUAUGGAGCCAACAAUAAUUUUAGAGUGAGAGGAUACUACGGUUAUAAUGGCAACUCCUAUAAAUCCUUUGAUAAUCAGGACAGAGAUCUAUUUGAAAUUACCUACUCCAAUCUCAGUAGUAAUGGUACAGGAGUAGAUAGCGGGCAAAUACCUUCGCUUUACUACUACGUUGUAGGAUGA